AUGGAAAAAGUAGUGGAGUUCGAUUUGCUGAAGCAUGCGGACAAACCAUCAUUUUCCCUUAGUGACAGAAACAAGCACAAAUUAUAUGUUGCAAUUGCUAUGAUAGGAGACCCUCCUAUAGUCAUUCUAGAUGAGCCAUCCACAGGUAUGGAUUACCUUGCCAAACGAUUCAUGUGGGAAGUGAUAUCUCGUUUAUCUACCAGGAGUGGAAAGACAGCAGUAAUUCUUACAACUCACUGCAUGAAUGAAGCUCAAGCUCUGUGCACAAGGAUUGGGAUAAUGGUUGGAGGCUGACUAAGAUGCAUUGGGAGUCCACAGCAUCUGGAAACACGAUUUGGAAAUCACCUUGAGCCAAAGGUAUGUAUGAUGACUUGCAAACAUUUGGAGCUUUUUCGGGAAAUUAAAUUUUUGUUCCC